CGAUGAUGACGAUGCGGGAACAAAGACGGCGAAUGACGACACAAACAUUCACUUGAAACCUCUGGCUCCAGGGACAUCCAUUAUGAGUUUACAGAACAAAAUGCAAAUUUGCGCUGCUCCCGAUGUUGUUCCCAUGUAAGCAACUAAUAUUCCCAAGAGAAGGAAGAAUUAUGUGUCAGAUAACUUCAGCAAUGUUCUCUUUGUAUAAUGAGAUGAUACCAAAGAUUACAGUUAAGCACUGUGAGACAAACCUCCCAGAUUGCUUCAGAAAUACCAGAGAAGUGCCAGGUGUGAUUAGGAGCUAACUCCAAUGGAAUGUCGUCCCCGCAUUCUUCUGCAACUCCGAGGAAGUUUGUUAUACACAGUAAUAAGGACUAAACAGAUACCACAAGUUGCAUUUACUUGUCUUAGCGAUAAAUGAAAUUUAUCGUGGAAUAAAAUCAGCAAUAAGUAGACUUUCAAAAUGGAUACUGCUGGAGCACAAAAACAUACUCCACGAGGGUACUGUUGACACCUUAAGACACAUUGACUCUACAACGAAAGAAGUAUUGCAUAAUCCAAAAUAUGAAGAACUAUUUGCCCCAGAAGUUGGACCAGAGAAUCCAUUCCAAACAAGACAACAGAAAGCUCAUAAAAACAUGCUGUCUGGAUUUGUUGAACAAGCAUACAUUAGUGAUUUCCAGUUUGAAAAUCAGCGCCGAACCUUCAACAGCUAUGGCUAUGCAUUGGAUCCUACUGUUGAUGGAGUUACUGGAAAUGGAAAUCAGAUUGUUGGUGCAACUGAAGCAGCCAAAGAAUCUGAUGGUAAGACAGUCUUUGAAACCACCAAGGAACGCCUUCUUGACAAAAGGAAAAGAAACAAGAAUGACAACCCUUCUGACAUUGAAGGAUUUCUUGGGCCAUGGGGAGGAUAUACUGAUGAGCAGAGGGUAAUGAGACCUAAUGAGGAAGAAGCAGCUGAAUUGGAAGAAAUACUUGCAAAACGGCAGAAGCGAGGGAAGCAAGCAGAUGAGAAGCCCCUUGAGGAGAAAACUGUGUUGCAUAUUAAGGAUCCAGUUGACUAUCAGGGCAGGUCAUUCCUCCAUGCUCCACAGGAUGUUGGUGUUAACCUUAAAUCAGAUUCGCCUCCUGAUCGUUGCUUCUUACCAAAGACUCACAUUCACACAUGGCAAGGACAUACCAAAGGAAUUUCUGCAAUACGUUGGUUUCCAAAAACAGCUCAUCUUUUGCUUUCAUGCAGCAUGGAUUGCAGGGUCAAAUUGUGGGAAGUUUAUCAUGAGAGACGAUGUGUUCGAACAUAUUAUGGUCAUCGACAGGCUGUGAGAGAUGUUAGCUUCAAUAAUGAUGGAACACAGUUUCUUUCAGCAGCAUAUGAUCGCUACAUUAAACUGUGGGAUACAGAAUCAGGAAAAUGUAUAUCUCGUUUUACGAGUCGGAAAAUUCCGUAUUGUGCAAAGUUCAACCCAGAUGACGAUAAACAACAUCUCUUUGUUGCUGGCACUUCUGAUAAGAAGAUCAUUUGCUGGGAUAUUCGUUCAGGUGAAAUAGUUCAAGAAUAUGACAGGCAUCUGGGUGCUGUAAAUACUAUAACAUUUGUGGACGAGAAUCGACGAUUUGUUACGACAUCUGAUGAUAAAAGUUUGAGAGUGUGGGAGUGGGAUAUCCCAGUUGACAUGAAGUAUAUUGCUGAUCCCACAAUGCAUUCCAUGCCUGCUGUCACACCAUCACCCAACCAAAAGUGGUUGGCCUGUCAGAGUAUGGACAACAAAAUUGUAAUAUUCUCAUCACUGAAUCGUUUCAAGAUGAACAGGAAAAAGACAUUCAGUGGUCAUAUGGUUGCUGGUUAUGCAUGCACUUUGGACUUCUCUCCAGAUAUGAGUUAUCUCAUAUCUGGCGAUGCUGAUGGUAAAUGCUAUGUAUGGGACUGGAAGACAACUAAACUGUACAAGAAGUGGAAGGCUCAUGACAAUGUUUGCAUUGGUGUUCUGUGGCACCCACAUGAGGCAAGCAAAGUUGUGACAGCUGGCUGGGAUGGACUUAUGAAGUAUUGGGACUAAACUGCCUCAUAUUAUUUGUUGAGUGCAGUGUUAAAUAAUGUGAUUCAAGAGAGGAAAAAAACUCAGCAUGAGAUACAGUCAUCCCUUUUCUUUUCCUUUUAAGACUUUUGUGUAAAAGUGAUCUGUGUCAUAUCAUUGACACUGUAGUUGCCCAUAUCUGUCAAGUUGAUGUUACAUCAAGAAAAAAAUGCAAAUAAGACUUAGACAUAAUGGACUCUUGAAGCAUUGCUAUAAUGUAAAACUUGCCAGGUAUAACACUCAAUUAAAUUUUAUUCUUAUCUGAACAACUGAUGCUGUGCUGUGCAAUGUUUGUUGACAGUAUAUCUGAUACUGUUCAAGAAUUUAUUUAGUGUUAAUAUUUUUGUAAAUAAAUACUGAAAAGCUGUACAAUUCUUCUGCCAACUGUGAACCAUACAGUAAAUGUCACUACUAUGUAAAAACCCUUGAUUGUGAGACAAAUUGCAUAAUCAAAACCAAGAUUUUGUGCAGUUGUUUCUCAGGUGGCAAGACAAUAGUAUUGUGUGUGACUAUCAAGCCAUCUUAGAUGUAGUCUCCUAGAAUUAUGCCAGAGCAUAUAAAUUGCUUUUUUGAACAAGAUACGUUAUGGUACUGAAGGUACACACUCUCUGCACCCUGGGUCUUGUCAUUGUAGCAGGAAAUAGUAUCUCAUAUUAAUGGGAAAGCAACUGAACAAAGGGAGAUAUCUCACACUAAUGGGAAAGAAACUGAACAAAGGGAGAAUGUCAAAUGUGACAAGCAGAUGCUUUUUGCUUGUUCAUGACUGUGUUAUUGCUGUUCCAAAAACUUUAAAGGGGAUUUAAA